UUGAAGUUGUCCUUUCCAUGGCAGUUUGUAUUUGAGGAGAAGGAUUCAUUAUGAGAAAAUGAUACAGGCCAGUUCAGGCACAGUCAUGAUCUCCAUUAUUUUCAACAAAAAAUUAGUGCACAUGACAUCCUUCAAUGGCCCCACCACCCAAAACUAUACUAUAAAUUUUAGUUUCAGAGCUCUGUAUGCUUAUCAACUUCACUCUCUCACUCCAGAAAAAGAGAAGAAUGGAUCUGUGUAGGAGGUCUUAUGCUUACUCAAAGGUGGAUAAGGAGGACCCUCAAGACAUAAUCCACAGAAGGGCACAGUUUCUGAUCCACAAGGUGUUGGAGAAAGCAGAUUCACGCAGAAAACCGUCAUGUCUCAGACUCAGAAUUUCUAAGUUGAAGAUUAAGAUUGGGAAGAGGCUAAUGAGGCUGAGGAAGCGAAUUAUAUCAGGUGUUUCCACAGUCAGACUUGGCAUUCAUGGACACUUCAUCACUCAACUCAGAACAUGGAAGAGAAUCUUUGGCAGAGGAAGACAGUCACAGACCCUCAUCAACGCAUGACGACUACCUUUAGUAGGAAACAAAUGUUUCAUGUUUCUGUCUUGUUUUGUUUUUAUGUGUUUUCUUUAGCUGAUACAAAAGAGUGUUAAAUCAUAUCAGUUCUGCCUGUAGAUCAAUUUUGAGUUGUUCCUCUUUUGGUACUUUGAGGUAGAUGAAACAACAAUUUCUGUCUCUUGUGAAAUAAGUUUCAUUAUAAAUAUUAUUAAACGCUUGAGUUGAAAUAUUGAAAAGGUUUCUGUCAUAU